AUGGUUCGACAGAUCGAGAAGACUGCUCUCAACACUGUGCUCACAAUCAAUGGAAUCGAUUCCCAAGAUCAAGGAGAAUUCGCAUUGAAGAUCAAGAAUAGAUGUGGAGAGGACAAGUAUGCCAUUGGAAUUCAGAUGAUAAAAAACGAAAAAAAAAGAUAUGAAACAACAAAGUCACCGAUCGUCCAGCACCACCUGGCAAACCAGCUGUCGAAGAUCAGAAUCUUGAUUCAGUCAGACUUCGAUGGGCAGCUCCGACUAACGAUGGAGGAUCUCCAGUUCGCAAUUACACAGUUGAAAUGUGAAAAGAGCAAGACUUGGACUAAAGCCGAGGUCACUAAACAAGCUUUCAUCACUCUUUUCAAUCUGGUUCCCGGAGAGAAUUAUACCUUCCGUGUCCGUGCUGAUAACACCUUCGGGCAAUCAGAGCCAUCUGAGGAGUCAGAAAUUGUGUACGUCAAGGAUAACAGCCGAGUUCUGGAGGAACCGAAAAAAAAAGAGGUCAAGAUGAAGGAACAAGAAUCCGUUGACUAUCAGAAGAUUUCAAAGGAAGCUGGUCCAUCAGAAUACAAGACGAUUGAUAUUCAUAGACUUCCGAAUGAUCUUCAAGCCAAGUAUAUUAUUCAUGAAGAACUUGGAAAAGGUGCUUAUGGAACUGUUUACCGAGCCACAGAGAGAGCAACUGGAAAGACUUGGGCUGCCAAAAUGGUUCAAGUGAGACCAGGAGUGAAGAAGGAAAAUGUGAUUCAUGAGAUUUCGAUGAUGAAUCAACUUCAUCAUGAAAAACUUUUGAAUCUUCACGAAGCAUUUGACAUGGGUAAUGAAAUGUGGCUCAUCGAAGAAUUCGUAUCUGGAGGUGAACUUUUCGAAAAGAUUCUGGAAGAUGAUUCAUUGAUGAGUGAAGAAGAGGUUCGUGAUUAUAUGCAUCAGAUUCUCUUGGGAGUAUCCCACAUGCACAAAAACCAAAUAGUUCACUUGGACUUGAAGCCGGAAAACAUUCUUCUCAAAGCCAAAAACUCAACCGACCUCAAAAUCAUUGACUUUGGACUUGCACGCAAACUGGAUCCCAAGAAGAGCGUCAAACUUCUCUUCGGAACACCAGAGUUCUGUGCUCCAGAAGUUGUGAACUACCAACCAGUUGGACUUUCAACCGAUAUGUGGACAGUCGGAGUUAUCUCUUAUGUGCUUCUCUCUGGUUUGUCACCAUUCCUCGGGGACAGCGAUGAGGACACCCUGGCUAACGUCUCCGCUGCUGAUUGGGACUUUGACGACCCAAGUUGGGAUGAUGUUUCUGAUUUGGCCAAAGAUUUCAUUUGCCGUUUGAUGAUCAAGGAUAAGAGAAAGAGAAUGUCUGUUCAAGAUGCACUAAGACAUCCAUGGAUUACGGGUCCGUUAUUGUCUGCGUUCAAUGAUUUGUCCGAAUAUGUUAAGAAGAUGCAACCGAAACCAGACAAGAGUGGCAUUCCGGCAAGACAGAAGAGAAACUUCUUGUCUCUCAAGAGAUGGUCAGACGAUCUUCUGCCAAUUGGACGUCUUGCCAAACGAGGAGCCAUCUUCAGAAGACUCACUAUGGAUGGAGUUUUCGAGAGAAACAUUGCUUUCGGUGAGUCCCCAACCUUACAUUUACCAAUCAAAAUGAAAUUUUCAGAUACCGAUGCUGCCCCAAGUGUCAAGAAACAACUGGAAGAUAUUGUGGCUAAUGUUGGUGAUCUCAUUGCUACCCUCUCGUGUGAUGUCGAUGGAGUUCCGAGUCCAAAGGUUCAAUGGUACAAGGACGACAAGGAAUUAACAGUUCCCUCGAUGAAGUAUGAUUCUUUCUACAAUGAGGGACUUGCUGAAUUGACGGUCAAGAAUAUUGUCGAAUCGGAUGCCGGAAAAUACACAUGCAGAGCUACAAACGAUUUGGGAAGUAUCAUGACUCAUGCCAAAUUAUCUGUGAAAUCAGACGAUAAAAAGAAAAAGAAGUCUGAAACUUCUCCAGCUGUCAUUGAGAAGAAGAAAGAUCGUAAGACAUCCAAAGUUGUGGUUGUGGAGGAAAUGAUCGAUAUGCCACCAAACUUCCAUCAUCUACUCCAAGACGAUGAAGCAAAGAUCGGAGAAACCAAAGUUCUUGUUGUCACCAACACGACUCUUCCAGAACCAACAGUUGAAUGGUAUCAUAAUGGAGAACACAUUAGUAUCCAGGAUAGCAAUUACCUUCAAAAACACGACAAAGGACGUUAUGAACUUCAUAUUCUGAGUGUGGAUUCUACUGAUGAAGGAAAAUGGAAAGCUGUUGGAAAGAAUGCGUUUGGAGAGUGUGAAAGUGAAGGAAAACUGACUGUUGUCGUUCCUGAUGGACAGUUUGCUCCUUCGUUCGGAAGACAACUCAGUGAUGUCAAGUGUUCGGAAUCUGACAUUCUGAAACUGGAAGUUAACAUCAAAGCCAAUCCAGCUCCUGAAAUCAACUGGUUCCGAAAUGAAGCUGAAAUCGAGCAUUCACAAAGACAUAGACUCCAAUUCGACGAUGGAAGUGGCAACUACUCUUUGACUAUCAUCGAUGCGUACGCAGAAGAUAGUGGAGAGUACAAGUGUGUUGCCAAGAAUAAAAUCGGAAAGGCACAUACAGUUUGUUGUGUGAGAAUCGAGGAGUUGUUGGCUAAAAGAAGUAAGAAGAUCGAUGGAUCAAAGGCUCCAAGAUUCCGAAUGCAACUUCCAACUCCAAGAGAAGUACCACAAGGAUCAGACCUAACUCUUGUUUGCUCAGUUUCUGGAACACCACAUCCAAACAUCAGAUGGACCAAGGACGAUCAGCCAAUCGACAUGAGCAACAAGCAAGUAAGACAUGAAAAUGGAGUUUGUACACUUCAUAUCAUCGGAGCAAGAGAUGAAGAUCAAGGUCGUUAUGUCUGCGAAGCAGAAAAUAUCCAUGGAGUUGCUCAAAGUUUCUCAGUUGUCGAAAUUAAGGAAGCAGUUGACAAGGAUCAUAUUAAACCAAAAUUCUUAGAACCAUUGGUCAACUGUUCUACUUGCGAAGGAAACGAAAUUGUCCUCGAAUGCUGUGUAACUGGAAAACCAAUUCCAGCCAUCACUUGGUACAAGGAUGGACUAAAGUUGAUCAUUGAGAACAGAAUGCUCCAAUACACUGAUCGUAAAGGAGUUUCUCGUCUGAAUAUAAUGAAUGUUGUGAUGGAUGAUGCUGGAGAAUACACUUGUGAAGCAGUCAACACUCUUGGAAAAGACUUUACUCACUGUACUGUUAAAGUUGUUGAUAUGGGAUUAGCGAAGACAAGACUGACUCCAGUACGAAGCAGAAGCAGAAGUAGAAGCAGAUCUCCGUCAGUUCUUGGAGGAGACAUUCAACGACCACCAGUUGUUACGAGACCUUUGGCUGAUGCAACUGUUACUGAAGGAAAUCGUGAACUUCUUGAAGUUGAAGUUGACGGAUUCCCAACACCAACAAUUGAAUGGUACCAUGAUGGAAAGCUGGUUGCUGAGAGCCGUACUUUGAGAACUUACUUUGAUGGACGUGUUGCAUUCUUGAAGAUUUAUGAAGCACAUGAAGAGCAUAACGGACAGUACGUUUGCAAAGUGAGCAACAAAUUGGGAGCUGUCGAAACGAGAGCUUGUGUUGUUGUCGAAGGACCACACGCCGCCGAGCACGUCACACAGAUGCCAACGUUUGUCAAAAAGUUGCAGGACGUUGUUUUGAAGAGUGCUGGAGAGACAGCCACUUUCACUUGUCAGUCAUACGCUAAUCCAGCCGCCCAAGUAGUUUGGUUGCACAAUGGAAAGGCGUUGCAGCAGACGAACGGCAAUUAUAAAACACGCCUGUUCGACGACAACACUGCUACGCUUGUCAUUGAGAACGUCACCGAUGAGCUAUGCGGAACCUACACAGCCGUCGCCACAAACCAAUUCGGAGAUGUUCACACUUCUGCUCAACUCACAAUUACUGGAUCCGAAGCUAGGAAAGUUGCUGCUUCACUGCCCUAUUUCAUCAUUGAACCAAAGCCAAAAAUCAAUGUGAAUGAAGGCGCCACGCUUUCCAUUCAGGCUGACUUGAAUGGCUCACCUACACCGGAAGUGGUUUGGUUGAAGGAUAAUAGCGAACUCGUUGAAAGCGAGCGCAUUCAGAUAAAGUGCGAUGGUGUCAGCUAUCAACUUGUGGUUCGUGGUGUUGGACUUGAAGAUGAAGGCACUUAUACAAUCACAGCUGAGAAUGAGAAAGGAAAAGUGAGACAGAAUACAGAAGUCUCUGUCACCAAAUCAAAGGAUGUCAAAGAAAAGAAGGAAAAGAAGAAGGUCGAAAAGAAGGACGAAGACAAAAAGAAACCAGGACGUCCGGGACUUCCAAGACCUGGUGCCUCUAAAACCGAUCAAGUCACAAUUGCGUUCGACGCUCCUUCCGAAGGUCCUGCUGACAGUUACGAAGUUGAAAGAAGAUGUCCGGAUCAAAGAGAAUGGACGAAGUGUGGAACUUCAAAAUCUCUUGAACUCGAAGUCAAAUCACUAACACCAAAUACUGAGUACAUUUUUCGUGUAGCUGGAAGAAACAAGCAAGGACUCGGUGAAUGGGCUGAAAUGAUGACAACUCUGAAAACAGCACCUUCUGGACAGGCUCCUCAGUUUUCGAUUCUUCCCCAAUCAAAGAUGAUUAUCAGCCGAGACGAUGAACUUGAAAUCAGUGUUGAGUUCAGUGGAAAUCCAACACCUUCAGUCAAAUGGUACAAGGAGAAUGUUCAAGUUGUACCAGAUGAUAAGAUCAAUAUCGCCGCCACUUCAACAUCUUCCACUCUCCAAUCGAAAUCUCAAGAAGAAAAUGGAACAUACACUUGUUUCAUUGAAAACGAACUUGGGCAAGCAUCUGCAUCCUGUCAAGUAACAGUUUUCAACCGAGAGCCAUCUCAUCAGUCUACUCCCGAUCAUUCUCUCGAACGCAAUUUGGUCCCAGUUGUACAGAAACAGUUAAACAACGAAAGCGUUCAAGCUGGACAACAAAUCAUGUUAACUUGUCGUAUCAGUUCACGAUCUGGAAGCACAAUCGCUUGGUUCAAUGGUGAUGAACGUAUUGAAUCAGCUGGAAGAUUCGAGCUCUCUAGUGAUAAAAAAUCAAAUCACAAACUUGUUUGCCAUGCUGUCCAAUACAACGACGCCGGAAAAUACAGAUGCGUUGUCACCAACAAAUAUGGAUAUGCUGAAAGUGAAUGUAAUGUCACAGUUGAAGACAUCACCAAGUUCAUAGCCCCUUCCUUCUCUUCGACUCUCUCUGAUUCGACAGCAAUCCUUGGUCAUAACAUCACUUUGGAAUGCAAAGUUGAAGGAUUUCCAACACCAGAAAUCAGUUGGACAAAAGACGGAGAACGUAUCUCAACAACCAGAAGAAUCCGUCAGAUUCAAGAUGAAAAUGGAAACUGCAAAUUGAUCAUUUCGAAAGCUGAAUCAGAUGAUACCGGAGUUUAUGUGUGUUCUGCCACUAGUGUCUCUGGAGUAGAUUCCACCUCCAGUAUGGUUAUGAUUGCUAAAACGACCGGAACUGAUUCUCAUCUCGUCAUUGCUCAAUCCAUUGAUGAUAAACAAGAAAAGCCAAGAUUCAUCAGAGCACCACCAUCCCUUAUUGAAGUCAAUGAAAGUGGACAGUUCACUCUUGUUGCAAAAGCAAUUGGAGAGCCAAAACCAACAGUCACGUGGCUCAAAGACGGAAGAGAGAUUCUUAGAACAAACAGAAUCUAUCAUCACUUCGUCACUGGAGACGGUGAAAGUCAUCUCAUCGCAGAAUGCGUCGUCUCCAAAACUUCUGGAAUCUUCAGUUGCAAAGCUGAAAAUCCACAUGGCACUGUCAUCGCCGAAACCCAAGUCAUCGUACAGAAAAUGAAGCCAGCCAGUGAUUUGGCUAAUGUCGCUCCAAAAUUCACGAUUCCACUAACUGAUAUGGGAAUUGUCAAUGGACAUCCGACUACUUUAAGCUGCAAUGUAACCGGAUCUCCGGAACCAACUCUCGAAUGGAUUUACAUCGAUGAUUCUGGAAAUAAGACCAAUUUGACAAGUUCUACAACUAGCUGGACUGAAUGCAGAUUUGGAAAAGUUGCAGAACUAAAAUCUGAGCGUGUGUUGAGAGAACAGAGAGGAACAUAUCAAUGUGUCGCUACGAAUUCAUCUGGAAAAGCGACGACUCAAUGUUAUCUACUUGUUGGUGAACUAUCGGAUGAACCAGCAGGACCACCAAGAUUUGUAAAGUGCCUUCAAGACACUUGGACACCGCUCAAAGAAUCCAUUGAAUUCUCCGUAGAACUCGCUGGAUUCCCAACACCAGAUUUGACCUGGUAUCACAACGAAAAGAAGAUCAUCGAAGGAAAAGAUGUCAAGAUUACUUUCCCUUCAGACACUACAAGUGUACUUUCCAUCAAGAACGUUUCUUUGGCAAGUCUCGGAAUGUACUAUGUUGAAGCAUCCAAUAUCCACGGUGUGCUGCGAACCGCCGGAAGAUUGAAUGUUUCUGAUGAACGACGAAAAGCAGAACCACCACAAUUCAAACACGUUCUCGAGCCAGUACUUGCCGUUCAACCCAAAGUUGCGUUCUCCGAAGAACAUCCAAGAGCAUCAUCUUCUGCUGCCACUGCAAGAGUCAAAAAGGGAGCUGCGCCCAUGUUCUUGCAGGGUCUUGAAGAUAUGGAUCUUAAAGCCGGAGCAUCUGCAGCCGUCGCUGGAAAACUGGGAAGGAAGCUGCGUCCUCACCGAAGCACCACUAAUGACGCCGACAAACUUGCAAAGGCUCUGGCUCAAAGUCUGAAACUCGAAGAACCAAGACACUUAAUGGAGAGUCGACCGGAAAGUGCUGCCAACACUGCUCUUGACGAGGUUCGUGCUGCAAUCAACUCUCGUAAUAAGCGUGUGUGUCGACCCAAAUUCAUGGUGAAACCAAAACCAAAGAAGGUUCUCGAGGAGUACAAAUCACUGAGACUAAAAACUGCAAUCAGUGGAAACCCAAUGCCACAAGUUCAUUGGGAUAAGGAAGGUAUCAUUUUGGAGACUGGUAACAAGUAUUCUAUCUAUAACGACGGGGACUUUUACUAUCUGGAGGUCCAUCACGUUUCGACAUUCGACAAGGGAUUCUACAAUUGUACAGCUGCAAACAAUGAAGGAAUCAUCACUUGUACAUCUGAGAUCGAUGUGCUACCCAAUAAAGAAGACUCUGCUGCUCAGGUAGCUAAACGGAGAAGUCGGAAAGAGGCUAAAGCCCCUAACUUCAUAGAAGUCCUGCCUGGCAGGUCUCAGGUAUACCUUCCAGCUAAAUCUGGUUUCUAUAGAGUAUUUUAUUUUCAGGCGAACUUGAAUGAGUCUCUUUGCGUGGAAUGCUCAGUCAGCGCAUAUCCAUGUGCGUCAAUCAUCUGGACAAGAAACUCAGUUCGUCUAUUACCUCAAGCUGACCGGUACACCAUGUCGUAUGAUGGUGAAUGCGCAUCACUGAAAUUCAUCUCAGUGGCGCCAGGAGACGAAGGAACAUAUUCUUGUGAAGCUGUCAACGAACACGGAACUGCUGUGUCAAAUGUCAGUUUUAAAAAAAUAUAUCCAAUCAAAGGAUCACCAUCGAUGUUUCAGAUGAAUCUGCUAGUCAGUGGAAUGGAUCCAAAUGCUGCUGAAGGAAUCCCUCCACUCUUCAGAUUCGAAAAGAUAAAAUCAGUUAAAAAAGUGGUCGACGGAAGUCGUGUCGAGCUGGCUGCUGAGCUCGUUCAGGCUUCCGAACCACUCCAAAUCCGUUGGCUCCGCAACAAGGUCACCAUUGUUGACUCUCCUUCAUUCAGUUAUUCAAGAUCUGAAAAGAUGGUCUUCCUCACUAUCGCCGAUGUCUUCCCUGAAGACGGUGGUGAGUAUACUGUGGAAGCCAAGAACCAAUCAGGUAUUGCGCGCUGCACAAUGCAACUUGACGUUAGAAGUAACGAACGAUCAAUAGCUGACGAAGCGCCACGAGUAUUUGACUUUGAACAAACCACGAGAACUGAUCCAGGAACAAGCGUUGAACUGCGCGCUAAAAUCAUCGGACAUCCGGAUCCAGUCAUCACAUGGACAAAAGCAAAUCAGAAACUGAACAAUGAAGAACGCUAUUUGAUGAGAAACGAGGGAGACACGUUCAUCCUUCGUAUUUCCAAUGUGACUCGUGCUGAUGCUGGAAAGUAUGUGUUGACUGCGAUCAAUGCAUCUGGACAAGCAAAUGCCGAGUUGGAACUGACAGUUAUUCAAUCCACAAAAACUGUUGGUGAGAAACCGAAAUUCAACGAAUCUCCGAUUUCUGUGCAAACGUGCGAGAAGAACAGAGCAGAGCUGCGCGCUUCGUUCUCUGGCACGCCAGCACCUACAUGUCGUUGGUUCUAUAGUGGAAACGAGUUGAUCGAUGGGCUUGAUGGAUACACAAUCUCAGUAUCUGAAACCGAUUCAUCGCUAUUGAUCAACUCGGUCGACAAGAAACAUUUCGGUGAAUACCUGUGCACAAUUCGUAACCAAAACGGUGAAGAGUUGGCAAAUGCAAUGAUUCUAUCCGAAGGUAAGAUUACUGUAUGUUCUCUAGGAAUAUCUGUGUAUCGUCCUGUUUCAGUUUUUUCCUUGUUCGUCUUGUCAUCGUCUUUGUUCGUUGUUAUUGGUGUUGUUCAAGUCUACAUUGCUCGUCUGCUGCACUUCCUCAACAAAGAACGAUUCGUCGGUAGAAACAUUUUCGCUUAA